GAAAAAUUGUGUGUUUGCUAAUACUGUAUCACGGAAACAACCUUUGUUCUUCAUAACCUUAAAUUCGAAACUGGUAUCCAAGAUACGUUACUGCUGCCUAAUUAAAGCUGGGUCGUUGAAUGACUUCUGAAGACUACACAAUGACCAAGUUCGAAGACUAUUAUUCGUUAAUCGAAGGUUUGGGAAGGUACAAGCUAAUCUAAAUUACCGUUUAAACAUUUAUAGAAAACCCAUUCAACCACAGUAUGCUGUUUAGUCUUAGAUAAUUUGCUUUUCUUCACUCUUUUUAAAAUAAUGAAACUUUCUACAGAUAUAGUGGUACUUUUGUUGCGUUAUGCAUGGAACGCAGGACAAAAGUGUUGUAUGCUGUUAAAGUGAUACAAAAGAAGUUGACUUCUCCUGGGAAGAAAAAUAUAGGUCAUUUGUUGAAGCUUGAUCAUCAAAAUGUGGCAAAGUUGAAAGAAGUAUUUGAAACAUCUUUCUCAUUGCAUAUAGUUGUUGAAUUUGCAAAUGGUGAAGAACUCUUCCGGAGACUAACUAAAUUACCUGUGUAUAACGAAAAAACGGUUGUUCAUUAUUUCAGACAAGUGGUUGAUGGUAUCAGAUACCUACAUGAGUAUGGAAUUAUUCACAAAAAUUUAAAACCUGAAAACAUACUUCUCAGUACCACAGACAGUGAUGCGAUCGUAAAAAUCACUGAUUACUCUCCUCAAUUAUUUACAACUAAAGAUUUAGAUUUAGAAUUGGUAUGCUUGACGACAACAUUUUGUGCACCUGAAUUAUUAUUAAGUAGAUGUUAUGAUAAAACUAUUGAUCUAUGGGCACUAGGUAUACUAUUGUAUAUAAUGUUAUGUGGAGAUGAUCCUUAUAAAUCAAAAUCUGGUAGUGAUUUAUAUCGUGCUAUACUUCACUGUGAUAUUGAGUUUAAAUCUCCUUCAUGGAAAUCAAUUAGUUUGGAUGCUCAAGAUGUUGUGAAACGUCUUUUAGUGGUAGAUCCAAAAUUAAGAAUAAUUACACCACAUUUAUUGAAUCAUUCAUGGUUUAUCAUGAUAAAUCAAAAUGAACAACAUUUAGAUUCAGUACAGGAGAAACUAGAACAUUUUAACAAACAGCGUUUAGACAAAUAUUUGGACAUGGAAUAUGAACAAGACUGGAUAACAUGUGAAUAUAUGAAGCUACCAAAAAGAAGUACAGAAACAAUUCUACCUAAGGUGUAUGAUGAAGAUGUAGAAGCAGAAACAGUAAUUGACAAGAACUGUGAUAAUAUCGUAUUGAUAGAAGAUACAACAGAGUACGUCCAACCAGUUGGCCAAAACGAUAUCAGCGUUGAUUCAAAUGAGGCGAAUGAAUUAAUUGAUACAACUUCAGAUCAAUUCAUAGCAAGUUCAUUGAAGAAUUUACUUCAUGAAUAUCAUUUAUCAGAUGAUCAAAAUUCAAUAUUGAAUAAACAAGAUAUACAUGAAAUAAAUCAAGAAAAUUUAGGAUUAAAUGAUGAAAAUGAACUAUUUAAUGUUACUAUGAUGAAGAGUAAUGACAAUGAGCAUAUGUAA